CACACUUCACGUCUUAUUCUAGAAAUGGCUUCCUGCAGCAGUCUCCUGUCUGAAGAUCAGUUCCAUUGUUCUAUCUGUCUGGAUGUGUUCACUGAUCCUGUCUCUAUUCUAUGUGGACACAACUUCUGCAAGGCCUGUAUCACCAAGUACUGGGACAACUGUGACCUGUGUCAAUGUCCCAUGUGUAAAAUGACUUUUGAUAAGAGACCAGAUCUCUAUGUUAACACUUUCAUCUCUGAGAUGGCUGCUCAGUUCAGGAAGUCGGAGCCACUGACACAAGCUACAAUCAGUCGAGACCUGCGUCCUACUAAACCUGAAGUGUCAUGUGACAUCUGUACAGGUACCAAACUCAAGGCCCUGAAGUCCUGUCUGGUUUGUCUGGCCUCUUACUGUGAGACUCACCUGGAGCCUCAUCAGAGAGUUGCAGCCUGGAAGAAACACAAAUUGAUCGACCCUGUGAAGAACCUGGAGGACAGGAUGUGUCAGAAGCAUGAAAAACUGUUAGAACUCUUCUGUAGGAAAGACCGGACGUUUGUUUGUGUCAUGUGCAUGAGAACAGAUCACAAGACUCAUGGCUUUAUCACUUUAGAAAAGGCGUAUGAACAGAGGAAGAUUAUGCUGGGACAGAUGAUGGACGAGAUGAAGCAGAUGAUGGAAGAAAGAUCUUGGAAGAUUCAGGAGAUCAAACUCUCAGUAGAAACCAGCAAGACAGAUGCAAAGAAAGAGAUAUCAGACAGUAUUCAGGUAUUCAAAGCUCUGGUGCGCUCCAUUGAGAGAAGCCAGGCUGAGCUCAUUGAGGUGAUUGAGGAAAAGCAGAAAGCAGCAGAGAAACAGGCUGAAGGGUUGAUUCAAGAUCUGGAGCAGGAGAUCACUGAGCUGAAGAGGAGAAGCAUUGAGCUGGAGCAGCUCUCACACACUGACGACCACCACCACCUGCUCCAGAGCUUCCCAUCCCUGAGCACCCCUCCACACACCAAGGACUGGUCUGAGAUCAGUGUCCACAGUGGUCUGAGUGUGGGGGCAGUAAGGAGAGCUGUGUCUCAGCUGGAGGAGACACUCAAUAAAGAGAUGGAGAAGCUGCCUGAAGUCAAGCUGAAGAGGAUUCAGCAGUAUGCAGUAGAUGUGAUUCUGGACCCUGAUACAGCAUGUCAUCAACUCAUCCUGACUGAGGAUGGGAAACAAGCGAGACAUGAAGAAAUAGAGCAGGAUCUCCCUGACAACCCAGAGAGGUUUGAUUAUUGUGCCCGCGUCCUGGGAAAGCAGGGUUUCUCCUCAGGUAGGUUCUACUAUGAGGUGCAGGUUGAGGGGAAGACUGGGUGGAUUCUGGGAGUGGUCAGAGAGUCCAUCAACAGGAAGGGAAGGAUCAUACCAAGUCCUAACAAUGGAUACUGGACUAUAUGGCUUAGAACUGGAGGUGUGUAUGAAGCUCGGACUGGCCCUGAUGUCCUCCUCUCCCUGAGACAGAAGCCCCAGAAGGUGGGGGUGUUUGUGGACUAUGAGGAGGGUCUGGUCUCUUUUUCUGAUGUGGAGGCCAGGUCUCAUAUCUACUCUUUCACUGGCUGCACCUUCACUGAGAAACUCUAUCCACUCUUCAGUCCUGGUUUGAUUUAUGGAGGUACAAACUCUGCCCCUCUGAUCAUCACUCCUGUCACACAUUGAAAAACGAUGAAAAUGUGAUUACAAAAUAUUAAUCUGAACACACUGAAAAAAAAGACGUGGUGUUGCCACAGGGAAAGUGUCACUAUGAUUACAAAACAAAUUCAGAAUCAGAUAUUCUCUAGUAAUAGUUUCCUCUGAUGGUUUAAUGAAUGUUAUAAACAAGUGUAUGAUUAUAAAACAAAGGAUAAACAAAGCAAAAAAAAUAAUGGAAUUAUCAAAAAUGAUAUUUGAAUAAAUCAUGAAUGAAUGACAGAUUCAUGAAUGUGUGUCUGAUAUUUUACAGUAAUCACAAUCAUUACCUUACAUCUAGUUAGCCUUUAUAUAACCCAUCCUCUGCUUGUAUUACACACCUCUUACGGAUACAUGUGUGUUCCCCACAUCUGGUGUUGUCCUCCACUCUAGGUUCAUCUUCAAGGUCAGGGGUCAGCAAGGUCAAUCCUGAAUCUACUGAUCGUCCUCCUCUGUCCACCAGAGGGGACACAUGUCAGGUCUUUGUUCUCAGUACCUCCAUCUGGGUUGUCUCUUCCUCAUCUCUUCUUUCUCAUCUCUUUACUGAAUACAUGGAGCUCCCUGACCUUGAAGCGAAGAGAGUUUUGCAAAGACUCUCCUGACUCCUUCUGUUGUCAUUCUAAUCUUACAGUCUGAAGUAAAUUGUUCUCUUCUGUCAGCUGUUGAGCAUUUGUAUUUACUGUCACUCAUUGUCACAGACUCAGACAUAUAUACACACACUUGUUACAGACUGCAUUUUAUAUUUGUCAUGUCAGGCAUUCACCACUAGAUGUCCCCCUACAUCAACACAUACAGUAUUUUAUCUAGACUUGUAGGA